AUGCUAUAUUUACCAUCCUUGAUUUUUUCCCCUAAAACCCUUGUCGCACCAAUAUUCAUUAUCGCUUAUUAAUAUGGCUAUGCUUAUACUAUAAGAUAUGUGAUUUCAAUAGUUAUGUCACUAAUUUUGAUACUUUCUUUAGAAAACUUUUCAAAAGACCAAGACCCAAGCCUCUUCCGCGACUAUCUAUACAUUUAAGAAAUAAGGAACCCAAUUAUUCCUUGCCAAGUGGAAGUUGUGCUCAAGCUGCAACCUUUCUCUUUUAUUUUAUCAAUGCUAAUGGAACUGGUAUAUUUAUUAUAUAAAGAUUUUAGUAGACAUCUCUAACAUUUUGAUAGCAAUUCAUAUAGCUUUUAAUGCAAUGUUAGGCAGAGUGUAUUUCUGAAGCCACUACUUCAGUGAUUGUCAUCUUGGAUUUGUAAUAGGAGUGGCGAAUGCCUUCUUGA